AUGGUGACGGGGAAUCGGAUGUUGAUUUACUAUAGACAGUAUCCAAUAUCCGGUGUCCCGUUGGCCAGACGGGAUGCGCUCGACGAUCUGAAGGAAGAGAGAAACGGCUUCGUUCACCGCGUUUGCAGCCCUGGCGAGUUUGCCGAGGCGAACGUAGCCGUCGAUCACGUGGUGGUCGUCUUGCCUCCGCCCGUGCGUGGAAAGUAG